AUGGCUGCUGCAUUAUCGCAUGCUGAUGCCAACACUGAUGCAGUGGGAGAAGACGAAUAUAAGAUCGUUCAUUUCACGUAUAGCAUCAACAAACACAGCAUUAAAAAAAUACCGACCGGUAACAUCUACAAGCAAACCCUACUUUCUGGAUUCAACUUCACAAAAAAUUAUAAAAUUAUAACGGCAAAGAAAAAGCUUUAUAUACACGAAAACCAUUGCGAAGAUAUAUAUUUGUUAUCGAGAGAUAACAUCAGAAGUUAUCGAAGCAAAUAUCAGUUUUUACAUAUUGGCUUGGUACAAUUCUCCAUCGAAAUGAACCCGUGGUGUGAUCGUCGCCAUAUGCGAGUUAGAUUAAGAGACUCAAAGUACUCAAAUGUUGGAGACUCUAUUUUAGUAUGUUUUGAAACACCAGUGAAGGAAGGUUCAAUGAAGUUUAAUUGGUUUCCCAAUUUUUCAACUACUUUGUUUGAUCUUGGGAAUUCUAACGGUUUGAUAGUUACUAUAGAUCCUUCGGAUUCUACAGAUUUAACUGUUAAGUAUAGAGUUUGUUAUAAAUUAAUGAAGAAAGCUCUUAAGCCAGAUUACCUAUUUGGAAAUCCAGUGGUUGAGGUAAACACUGAGAUCACAAACUUUGUCGUUCCUCAAAUCUCUUGA